GCAUGCAAAAAUGAAAUGCCGACGGCGCGAAUUUUAGAAACUUUUAAUAAAAUAAUAUAAAAGAAAGAUAAAAACAUGUUUAAUGCAGCAACGGUAGACAGCGAAAUAGGGCAACUGUCAAGCGUGCAGGCGGGACCCGAAACCAAAGAAUAUAAUUUAUUGCGUGCGGAUGAAGAAUAUCGCAAUGGCAACGAGGAACACUCGAUUUAUUAUCAGGUGAGAGCGCUGUUUCAAUCCGCGGACAUGCGACUUUUAACCGAGGCUCAGCAACUGGAAAGUCAAACGCCAGCCACCAACGAAAUUGUCAAUUUCGCCAGCGACAGAGAGAAUAGCGAUUACAAGAACAGCAACUCAUUUUUUAGCAACAUUUUGAAGCAUCAUCAGAAACUAGAGCAGCGCAAAGCAAAGCCCAAAGAAAUUCCCAUAGAUCCGCUGGAUUUUCUGGAGGAUUGUCCGGAUGCCAUAACGGGAUUCAAACGCAUUGUGAGUGUGUGCCAAGAGUUGCCACCGGAGUGGUGUGUGUUGCAGCUGUGCAAGAGCUUCAAUGCUGCAACAACUUAUUCCACAUUCUAUGACAUUGCCGGUGCCAAAGGCGACAUUUAUGUCACCCUGUUGCGUCAUUGUCGCAGUCCCGAAUUGGGACCAAUUUGUCUGCACUUUAACGACGAUGCACUUGGCGACAUCUUCAAGAUAUAUGGCACUUUGGUGGAGCGUUUUAGACGCGUCGUCACCGUCGAUCCGGCGGACGUGAAGUCGCAGGUGGCAAAGGCCAAAUAUUGGAAGGAACUCAAUGCAUUUGAAGAUGAUUUAAAGAAGUUGAUCGAUGAUUUCAGCAGCGCUUUUACGCCUUAUUGCUUCUUGUUCCUGGGCAAUCGUUAUCACUGCGCUGCCGUGGAGCAACAAACGAAGACUGUCUUUGCCCGCGUGGAUGAGUUUUGUGUGGAUCACAAUUGGAGAAAUCAUCUGAGAAUUCUCUUGUCGCAGGCAACGUUGCAUGCGAAUCGCUUGCCACAUGCUGAGAUGACGCAACUGAGCUCUGAGCUCAGCAAUCACAAUGAGACUGAAGCAAUGCUCGUCUAUGAGCUGCUCAAUAAUUGCGCCAGCGAAUGGGAACAGCUGGAACAGCAACACACACUGGCUGUGAAGCGUUUUCCCAUCAUUCUUGUGGUGGACGAGCUGCUGGAUCACUUGCAUUGGGAGCAGCUGGCGCCAAUGCAGGAGUGCACAAGAAUCAAAUCGCUGCACACUUUGUGGCGUCUUUUUAAAUGCCACAAGUCGCAAAUACAACACGGCUAUUAUACAGUCAACAUAAUGCGUGGCAUGAGUCUCGUCAAUCCCAAUGCGGAUCUUGUCAACUCUGGACGUCGUCUGCGCGGCUUUCUCGAACAUUGGCUGUCCCACUGGCACAACAUUUUCGAGACAAUGCCCACCGAGCAGCUGAUGACGGAGCAGGCCUUUAAGGCUGAUUGCUUUGUAUAUGCUGGCCAUGGUUCUAGUUUGCAGUACGUGUCCAGUCGUGUCAUCUAUCGCAAUCGCAUCCAAGGCGUUGUCUUUCUCUUCGGCUGCGAUUCGACGCGCGUGAUGAGCACAGGACUCUACAGUGCCUUGUAUGGUGCCCAGGAUUAUUAUCAUGGGGCACUUUGUCCCACUGUCGUGGGCUGUUUAAUGCCAGCUCUCGAUGCCAACAUGGAUUAUGUAUCGGCCAAUUUACUGAGCCGUUGGCUAUCGCCCGCCAAUCAACAGGUUAUACCCUGGACACAAAUUGAUCGGGCUGCUUGGGUAUCCCAAGGCACUGUCAAAGCCCAAAAGGGUCUCGAUAAGACUGUGAAACAGCUCACUGACUAUCAGGAGGGCAGUCUCUGCUCGAUCCUGGCCAGCAUUCAGUUGGGCGAAGUUGAAUCGAAGAUCUACAAUUGUUGUGUUUAUGUUUGUCGCGGUUUACCUGCUUGGAAUUUAGCCGUGAAAAAGUUGCCAUUUUCAAAUCCUUAACUAGCUAGUCAUCAUGUACAAAGUAGGACAGUUAUUCAAUUAUUUAAAAUAGAGAAACUUAAAGCUAUUUUGUAUGCCAACAUUGUUAAACUAAGUAAAUAAUGUGGAAUCAAGCCUGAAAUGAUUUUUUUAUAUUUAUAUGGCAAGUAAUUAUAAUAACUCGAAUGACAUUUUUUUUUUACUUUUUGGGUUCCGCACCUCGACUUGAAGCAGAAUAUUUUCUGUGCCGUUUAAUUCUCAAGAAAAAUGUUCUAAAAUUGCCAUAAUAUACACCAGUUUUAGUUAUACACCAUUAUUAUUUUUAUUUUGUAUAUUUCCCUUUCAUUUCCAUCAAGUAGUCUUUUUAAAAUCUUUAUCGUUGUAAUAUUAUUUUUUUUAAAUCUCAAAAAUUUCCUUAACGCAAUAUUUUAUGAUAGAUUACAACUCUCUUUAAAUUUACCAAUUUACUCCUCAACAUUUGCAUUAAAAAAAGUGCAUAAAAUACAAAUAGAUGAAGUACAACACUUAGAAUCGCUUUAAAACAUAUCAAAUGACAAUCCGAUGAAAUAGAAUAAACAAAAUGUGCUCUUAA